UGAAAAAACUGUUUGAAUAACUGCAUCUGCACGUACAACUUUCAUUUAGGUAUGUAGAAUAGCCUUCCUGUAGUGAAUUUUCGUAACCCCGAAGAACAUGCCAUUUUAUAUCGCUCAGUUUCAAUACAGUCAAUAUAACAAAAUCUAAUAAAACAAUUUUAAUUACUUCAAUAAUUGAACGAUCGUUCAAUGAGACUCAAGUCAGUUGAUAUGGGGCUUAUGAAUAGCUAUCCAUGGUAUGAAUUUGAAGAAAAUCGUUAAAGCCGUUUUUGUGAAAACCGUGAAAAACAUGGUUUUUUAGCCAUUAUCCGCCAUUUUUCUCAAGAAUAUAUAUAACCAAAUGGUUUCAAUGAGGCAAUAAAAAAGGAUAUUAUAUUGAAGUGACAGUAAAAAUCAAUAAUCUGCUUAUUGAAUAAUUACUAUAUAAAAUUCCUGAUUGUUAUCGUGAAAUGUAUCAUAACUGUCAAAGAACUCAAUACGGUAGACGGUUGUUUGUGAAUCAGGUGGUCGUUUGGAAUACAUGGGGUCCAAUAUCGAAGGCAGCAUUGUUCGCAUUCCAAUCUUGGGAUUCGGGAUCAGUAGCCAUGUUCAGCAACUGGGGUUCGGUUUGCAUUGUGCUACUGGUUGGCCCAGUCUGCUGGCUUCUCGAUGUAAAAGGUUUGAAGUACAGCAGUGUUCUAGCAGCAGGAUUGUGUUGUGUGGGCGCAGGCUUGAGAUGUUUACCGGUUGACGAAACACUUUUCACUUGGUUAUCUCAUAUUGGUGGAAUUUUAAAUGGAAUUGGAGGUGUGAUAUUUGGUCCUGCCGUUGUUCUCUUAUCGUCAACUUGGUUCCCCGCGCACGAAAGGACAUCCGCUACAGGUGGGCCUACUGGAUAAUUAUUAUAUUCCUGAUGAUAACGGUACUGCAAAAUAAAAACGAAUAUAUUCCAACUGAAUCUGAAAGUGGAAUAAGUUUAAUAAGGCUGUAUAUUAGAUCUACUCUAGUUUGAAAA